CAGCACUGUGUCAUUUCUGCUGCGACAGUCGACAGUCGAAGUAGAAGUUGUGUUUUCUCGGGAAAGGAUAAAAAUAAAUAAGAAAGGAAGGGAGAAAAUUUAUCACAAAAAUUGAAAUUGUGAUUAUAAAAGAUCAAGCGGAUGCGAAAAGUCAACGUGUGUUACUGAAAAGUGAAGAAAAAUCGAUCGUGCUUGUAUUUAACGUACUAAGUUGACAAAAUUCAACUUUAUUAAGUAAUAAGAAAUGGAUACUGAUAACGAUAAUGAACAAUUGAAUUCCUCGUCGACGAGCAGCAGUAAUAAUAGCAGCAGCAGCAAUUUGCUCGCCAAUUUACCUAUGCUCCCGAUACUGCAAUCAACUGAUAAUGAUGGUGGCGGGCAUUUCGUACAGCCUGAGGCGCUGCAAGAGCGAUUAGACGAUGAUAUCGGUGCAGUUGGAUUGCCACAACCGCCAUCACCACCACCAUUACCACCACAGCAACAACAACUACAACAUGAAACGGCAGAUCAUUUGCCGGACAAUUCAGUUUUCGCUUCACCCCUUUUAUUCAAUAACAAUACAACCCCACCUCCUUCAUCCUCCUCAUCAUCAUCGUCGCCAACAUCAUCGUCACACAAUCUUCAACUAUAUCAUCAUCAGCAACAACCACAACAAUUACAACAACAAGAACAAUCACACUCUGAACAUGCGCUUCAUUUUGAACAUUCUCCCUCUCCCUCCCUCCAGCAACACGCACUACUACCACCACCGCCAUCACCACCACCACCACUCGAACAAGAGCAACAGCAACAACCGCAGCAACAGCAGCAGCAACAACAGGCGAUUCUGGUAGGAGAAACAUCGCAGCAGCAACAAACACUUGAGCAGCAGGAUAUACAGGAACAAUUACAACUAACGCAUCCAUGCGCCUUCGUAGACAAUAGUCCGAUUGACGAUACAAUUGAUGCAACUGCAUUAGAAUCAGCUGCGAGUGAAGCUAUUGGUUUGAGCGCUGACAUUGCAUCAACUAGUCAACAACAACAGCAGCAAUCGCAGCAACAACGACAGUGUCUACAACAAGAACAGCCAGAGGAAAGUUUGAGCGGUGCUCAACGCUCGACACUGAGCGUAAUUGGUGAGGGUGCAGCUGGUAGCAGCGCAUCUAACAUACGCAACCAAACACCUCCAAUAUCACUGCCAUUGCUGUUGCAAGAAGAGGACGACGAAGACGACGACGACGCCGACGCUGACGACGAAGAGAACCUGAGUGGCGAACGCAUUCGUGCACCAAAGUCACCUGCUGCACUAUCGUAUGCUACGCAUUUUACACACCAUCCAUUCACGCACCCACUACACCACCACCAUCAUCAUUACUAUCCUAACUUUGGUGGCUGUAUAAAUAGUUCACCAUUUGCGUUUGACAUACCUGCUUUGUCCGGUGGCGGCGACAGCAUCAACAUCAGCAGCAACAAUAACAAUAAUAAUAGCGGCAUUAGCUUUGUCAGCCAAAUUAAUCCCAGUAACGGCGCAAAUACAAACACAUUACUAACAGCAAACAUGCUUGGGAGCAGUAGCCAAAGCGAUAACCCGUCCGGCGGUGGCGGGGCCACUGCCCUAACAGGCGUCAACACUUGUGCUGGCACCGGUGGUCACAGCAGUAGUAAUCAUAAUCAUCAUACGCGUCAGCAAGUGACCGAUCGCCUCAAAAUGCUCUAUCCAAAUGUGAACGAAGCUGAAACUCCACUGCCACGCUGCUGGAGUCCACACGACAAAUGUCUAUCGAUUGGACUAUCGCAGAAUAAUCUACAUGUGCACUAUAAAGGCGUCGGUAAUAAACACGACGGUUCUGCCUCUGUGCGCACAGCUCAUCCGAUUCCACCCGCCUGUGGCCUAUACUAUUUUGAAGUGAAAAUUGUUUCGAAAGGCAAAGAUGGCUACAUGGGUAUCGGUUUGACAGCUCAACAAUUUCGCAUGAAUCGUUUACCAGGUAAAGGUUGGGACAAGCAAUCGUACGGAUAUCAUGGUGAUGAUGGUAAUUCAUAUUCAUCAUCCAAUAAUGGACAGUCGUAUGGGCCGACCUUCACCACGGGCGAUGUAAUCGGUUGCUGUGUAAAUUUUGUGGAUAAUUCAUGUUUCUACACAAAGAACGGUAUUGAUUUGGGUGUUGCGUUCAGGGAUUUGCCGGUACAUAAAUGUAAACUAUAUCCAACGGUUGGCCUACAAACGCCUGGUGAAGAGAUCGAUGCUAAUUUUGGCCAGGAGCCAUUCAAAUUUGAUCAAAUCGAAGAUAUGAUGAAACAAAUGCGCGCUCAAAUGAAGACCACCAUCUAUGAUUUCCCCAUGACGCUCGAUCAGGGUGAUCCCACGACACUUUUACACAAAAUGGUAUCAUCCUAUCUUUUGCACAAUGGUUAUAGUCAGACUGCAGAGGCAUUCGCUAGAACUACUGGGCAAUCGUUUCAAGAAGAUCUGUCAUCGAUUCGAAAUCGUCAAAAAAUAUUAAAAUUGGUAUUAUCCGGCAAAAUGGGCCACGCCAUUGAGCACACGUUGCGCUCCUAUCCGGGACUGCUGGAGAAUAACAAAAAUCUUUGGUUCAUGCUUAAGUGCAGACAGUUCAUAGAAAUGGUUAAUGGGUCCGAUAAUGAGUAUUGCCCUACAACUACUAAUAAUAAAUUAACAAAUUCGAUCACAACACAAACGCAGACAACGCCACCGAAUCAAACAUCGGUCAUACAGUCAACCAAAUCGUAUCAAAAUGGUAAGAGCACAGUAGCACAUAAUAAUGCACAGACUAUGGUGACAACAUCAACAACAACAACAAAUACAGCUGUGAUAAAUGCCGAUAAUCAUGCGCAUCAACAGGAACUGAAAAACACAUCUGUUUCGGAUGAGAACUGCUCUGGUGAUGCGAUUUCAAUUAGUAAUAAAAAUAAUAGCACCAAUAUCGAUUAUUUGAAUGAUGUAGAAAUGGAAUUAAAUAUGCACACCAAUGGCAACUCAUGCAAAAACGGCAGUUCAAAUUUCAAUAGCUCUUUAGACGUUGAUGAAGAAAUGGACAUCGACGUAUCACCUUCCACACAAAAAUAUCAUGGCAUCGAACGAAUAUUGGAAUUCGGCAAGGAGCUUUCGCAGAUGGGGCAGCAAUUGGAAAAGGAUAAUAAAAUGAACGAUGAAGAUCGACAAAUGUUGGAAGAUGCAUUUAGUUUAAUCGCCUAUUCAAAUCCCUGGUCUAGCCCUUUGGGUUGGCAACUUUGUCCCACGAAGCGAGAAAACGUUAGCACCGCACUCAAUUCCGCCAUUUUAGAAUCAAUGAACUAUCCGCGUCGCCCGCCACUUGACGUGUGCGUUGCGCACGCCGCCGAAUUGCUUAAGGUGAUGGCGCGGGAAUCGCUCGGUGCUUGUGCGUUCGUAAAUAUCGAAGAUGUCUUUCCACUAAAUUGACCCACUCUGCGCUUGAAGAUGUUCGAAACGUCGUAGCUAACGUCGUCGUCGUCGUGUCCGACAGCAUGGUGUUUGUGUUCGCCAACGUUCGACGUCAACCAGCGCUUGGAUUGUGCUCCUUAUUGCACUUAUUUAGAUUUUUUCUAAUUAUCGUAUUUAAAACAAAACGAAAACAAAACCAAUACGGGAGAACGCAAAUUAUUCAUUUAUAAUCAACUAAACUUGUUUUUUAACCUAUAAUUUCAAGAAUCAACGAUAACUAUUAAAAUUUUCCGUUUUCUAGUAACACCAAGUCCACGUAUUAUACAUGUGGUACACAAUGUAGCGGUUAGUAGUCAUAAUUUCCCGCCCCUCAAGUACUCCAAAAUAAAAUGGCCGCUUAAAUUUAAUAUUAUACAUAUAAAUAUAUAUACAAACAAAGGAAAACAUUUAAACAAACAGUAAAUUGGAUUUGUUCAUUAGUUUAAUUUUCAAGCACAUACACACACAUACCCGUAUAUACACACUAUUGCCUUUAACUUUUAAUCAAAAGUUUUGUUUUUUGUUUAAAAUAUCCAACAAUCAUCGAUUAAGUAAAUUAAAAUUGCAAAACAAAAUUCUGUGCUUAAAUUUGUAUACAAAAACACCAUUCAUGAAAUAAUAAUAAAUAAAAUCACAUUUAAGCGCAACGUA